AUGGAGCCCCGUUCGCCUAAGUUUGGCAAAGGGGCCAAUCCUCGGCCUGCGAGCGAGCAAGGCCGACGAGGUAAGGACGUCGUGGAUAUCUGCAAUGGACGCCGAGGCUGCGCCCUUGCUCUCACGCAAACGCACUGCAAGGUACGCUUCUUGAAACGUCAGGCCUGGUGCAAAACCGAAGAUGCCGAAGAGGAGGUGGAGGCAUCACACAUUCUGCCUCUUCGACAAAUUCUGCCAUGGACCCCACAGUGGGAUGGCGCAGCUGCGACAGAGGAGGCUGCAACGUUUGGCGAUCUAAUAGCCUGUACAGGCAUGCAGGAAGCGUUGCGUGCUAAGCCUCUUCGAGCGUCUCCAAGACUCUCGCCGGUGCCGCUGCGAAGUUCGAGCGAGGGUGACAACGAUCUGUAUCGUGCUCCCCUGCUCUCACUGCCUCCCAGACGCCACGUCUUCCGAGAAGACAGGGAAGUUGUCAGAGGCUUCCGAAGAACAGCAGAGACAGUUUGUGGUUCCAUAGCAGCUGCAUGGCGGCUGGUGCUGGAUCAGAAGCGUGCUGGACGCAUCAAGUUCGCGGACCUCGUCCGUGGUGGACGCCAGAUGGGUUUCUUAGGCAAUUAUCGCAAACUGUGGCAGGAGCUGACAAUGCAUAGGUCAUUCCACAGCCACUGGAUAGGACUAGGAGAUAUAGAUCCUCAGGCAGCAAAGCUUCUGCAAGAGUUCUGUGAUGUGUUUGAGCGUCACGAGCUUACUCUGGAGGAUCUGUGGGAAAAGCAUCUUAAGGGGGACGGAGACCAACGAUGCUCGCACAGAGAAUUCAUGACUGCAAUGGACAAUUUGGGUUUUUCGAAGAAGAAGAGCCAAGCUUUUUUUGAACUGCUUGACUACGGCAAUCAGAAUGACUUGUCGAUCGACGAGCUGGAGCUGCUAGGGUCCGCCGCAAAUCCGGUACUCAAUGUGAGGGAGCGUGGCCGUCAAGAGGAGGCUGCAGCCAAGAAGGAGGCGCUGAGUGAUUUCUACGCCUUCCUCUCCCGCAGGUUCUGCACCAGGGUGGCCUUCUGGCGCCAGGGCUUGGAAGCCAAAAACGCGGAUGCGAAGGUAAUGUUUCCUGAGUUUUGCAAGGCUUGCAAGCGCCUUGGCUACCGGGGCAAGCUGAAGACGUUGUGGAGGGCACUGGACACAAACAACGUUGGAUACGUAACGCUGGGGCACAUUGACAAAAUAGCCGACACCGGCUUGGACGAUUUCCGAUCUUUUCUUGAGGACAACUUUCGUACACUGGAUGAUGCUUGGGAAAGGGUGUUUGAUUCUGACAAAUCAGGCAGAUGCCACGAAAGCCACUUUGUGGCAUCCUGCAAGCAUCUCAGGUAUCCUGGUAAUGCAUUGCGCGUUUUCAGAUGGUUGGAUGUGACCGGGCGGAGAGAUCUCUUCGUGGAUGACUUCGACAUUUUGGGACUGAGGCGCCGUUCGGAAACGUUGAAUUCCACGAAUGCCAAAGUCGCCGAGCAACGUGUGCUCGAGCGGCAGGCUAAGGAUCAUGCAGAGGCCGAAGCCAUGCUUGGCAGGUUCAAGCUUUUUCUGAACCAGAAGUUUGGUAACCUGGUCAGGGCCUGGCGAGCUCUGGAUGGUUCUGGAAGCGGUCGCGUGCAGUUUACGGAUUUUUGUCAAAGCUGCCGGCAGAUGGGUUUUCAGGGCAACCUGAAAGCCCUGUGGCUUUCCUUAGAUAACGCUGACAAAGGAGAUGUUUGCUUGGACGAUCUUGAUCCGGAUGCUGUCACCUGCAUCUUGGAUUUCACGCGCCUGCUCCGCAUCUUCUUCGAUGAUUUGGACUCCUGCUGGCUUGCUGUUCUUGAUCCUGAUGCAUCCGGACGCUGCAGCCUGGAGGAGUUUGAGAGAGCAUGCAAGGUGCUGGGAUACAUCCGAAAUGCGAAGCAGCUCCACAAGUACCUUGACAUUCACAAUACCGGUGUCAUCACCAUUGAUGAGAUGGAGGCCGAUCUUUGUUUUCGACAGAUGGCUGCAGUUCUUGAAGACGGCCCUGCAGAAGAGGCCGCUGUGACUGCUCUUGUUGCUCAGCCCUGCGAAGCGCGGGAGGAGCUUGACCAGCUCCUCAAGGCCAGCUUCGGCUCCAGCGCGGUGCGGGGCUGGCGCCAAGGGCUUUGUGCGGGAGCGCCCGAGCAGCACUGGACGGAGGAGAUUAGCGUAGAGGAGUUCUGCAACCGUUGCCGCCAGCUCGGAUUCAAGGGCAAUCUGCUGGCCUUGUGGACGCAAGUGCAUGGUGCAGGUCUAGAUCACGAUCUCUUGCAGGCGCAUCAGUUAAUGCUGAUGGGCAGGAAAAGAGCUGGCAUGCGCACCUCCUCUGCAGAAAGGCGGAUCCGAGUGGCAGAUCAAGGCUCGCAGCCUGCGGGUCGCAGUGGUGGCAGCCAGGCCUCAAACUUCACCUUGUUUGACAAGCCUGUUCGCGAUGGCGGCGAAACUCAGGUGAAGCUGCUAGGACGCAUCUCUUUGGUGGACUUUCUUCCUGCCGUGCACAAGGAGCUGCUUCAGUUUCGGAAAAAGGCCAUGGCAAAGUUCCAUGCCGCCGAAGACCUCUGGGCAGUCCUCCUUCAGGAGUCGCUGAAAUCUGGUGACUCCCGCCUGCGGAAGGUGGAGUUUGCUCAAGCAGCAAGGCGUGCCAUUGGGUUCACCGGCAGCGCCGACGUGGUCUUUGAGGCUUGUGACAUCGAGCAGCGACAUUCCAUUUCCUUGCAGGACACAGAUCUGAAAUGCUGCAACAUGCGGCCGCCUUCUGACCUUCCUGAGCGCCCGCGAGCGAAGGAAAGGAAGCAUGGUCAGCUUUUGAAGGCGGUGACAGAACGCAUUGUUGAAGUGUACAGUACCUGUUCUGACGAGUUUUCCUACUCUACAGGUUCGAAUCCGAAGCGAACGCUGACUUGGCCAUGCGAAGGUGUGCACAAUUCAGGAUUUGACAACGCCGAGCACAAUUAUAUUUGCCACGUUGGAGACAAAAUUGAGAAUCAGAAUCAGGACUUUGGAAAGACCUACGAGAUCAUAGAAAAUCUCGGUCAAGGCAGCUUUGGCCAAGUGCUGAAAUGUCAGGUUGACGGUUCACCGCCAGUGGCCUUGAAAAUUAGCAAGAACAAGCCGGCUUAUUUCAAUCAGGGCUGCAUCGAAGCCAAUGUCUUGAAGAGACUCAACUGCUUUGACACGCAGCACAUCGUUCGCAUGCUGGAUUGUUUCGUUUUCCGCAAGCAUCUCUGCAUUGCGUUUGAGCUGUUGAGCAUGAAUCUCUUUGAGUUCCUGAAGUGGAAUAAGUACCGCCGUGUGGCGAUGCCAACUAUUCAGACGAUCACGAAGCAGUUGCUGAAGGCCUUGCAGUGCCUGCGGGACGCUGCGCUGAUACAUUGCGAUCUCAAGCCUGAGAAUGUGAUGGUGUGCACUCUUGAUCCCAUCAGGAUAAAGCUGAUAGACUUUGGUUCUGCAUGUGCAGAGUUUCACAUGAUGCACACGUACAUCCAGUCCCGCUUCUACAGGUCUCCGGAAGUGCUUUUGGGGCUUCCCUACUCGAGCGCGGUUGACCUGUGGAGCUUGGGUUGCAUCUGUGCAGAACUCAAUCUCGGACUGCCACUGUUUACAGGGCAGUGCGAGUAUGACCAGAUUCGCAGCAUCACGAAGCUGCUCGGCCUUCCGCCUGCUGAGAUGCUGAGCAUGGGCAGCAAAACGAAGAGGUACUUCCGGCGCGUGGAGGAGGUGACCUCCAAGGAUUCUGAUGUGAUCGAUAGCACGCAGAUCCCAGCAGGACUCAGCACAGAAGAUGCUACCAAGGCCCUGGAGGCAUCGGAGACGGUCUCGACACAGGCAACCAACGAAAGCUCAGAGGAGCACAGCCUUCCAUCUUCGAGCUUGCCAGGCUCAGAAAGUGGGGGACAGGAGUCUUCAAAGAAGAGCACGGAGCGAAGCAAGCGCAAAGUGCAUUAUUCCUGGAGACUGAAAACCGGGGAGGAAUACGAAAAGGACUCAAACAAGAAGGCAGUUUUCUCAAAGCGGAGCUGGCCUUUCACGGCCUUGGAGGAAGUGGUGUCGCAAGUGGGCGAGGAAAGCCGCUCAUGCUUCCUCCAGUUCUUGACUGGUCUUUUCCAGAUCAACCCAAAGUGCCGCUGGACAGCCAAGCAGGCCCUGCAGCACUCCUUCGUGAAUGAGGACGUUCCUUUUAACGUUGAUUACCAGCCACCCCGUGAUGAUGUUGGACCUGUGCUGGGAUAUCCGCCGCUGAUGGGCAAUGCUUCUGGCCUUUUGGGCUCCAAUGGUCCGGCACCAGGAUAUUCUCCAAAUGUUGCGCCAUCGAGCACAACAGGCACACCAGCAUCCUCUCCACAUGGCUCGGCAUCCUCGACAGUCAUGUCCAGCGCCAUGCAGGGAACAUCUCUGCAGGGGUAUGCGCAUGUCUCCUCGCCUUGGCAUUUGCCCUCCGUGGACGGCAGUGCCUCCGAAUGCAGAGCCUCUUCACAGCCUUCGGGCUCUGAGUCUUGGGGCUUGGGCAGUGACACCUCAGGAUCCUGCCGCGGCCGCUCCACAAAGCUCUCCGACUCCGACUCCACCAGCGCUGUGGGAUCUCACCAGGGCUCGGGCCGGGAGGAGGCGGCGGCGAAUGGCCAGCGGCCAAAGCGAAAAGAGCCCCGAUUCUGGAAGCAAAUGACCAUGUCCCGAAGUCGCCUUGAAAGUGCCUUUAGCCCGAAAGGGGCUUCCUCCGGAGGCAGCUUCCGUGAGGCCGUGGGACUGGGCGAGUCUGGCCCUGUGAUCGUGAAUGUCGGCCCACAGAACUUCACCAAAGCCUCAGGCAGCCAAGAGGAUCCCUACCAGAUACCUGAGAUGUCCUGGAGGUCGCAGGGCAAGGGUGGACGGAGAUACCGCAGGCGCCGAGGCCCUGCUCCAUGA